AUGGCGGAGGACCUCGCAUGGCGCCCGCGGCUGAGGGUGCUCUGCCUGCAUGGUCGCUGCCAGACUGGAGAGACUUUUUUUCAGAAGCUGGAGCGCCUCGUGGCGAAGGCGGAGGGAAUUGCGGAGUUUGUCUUCGUGGACGGACCGGUGGAGCUGCCGCUGCAGCACGGCGACCGCGUGAACACGCGCGGGUGGUUCGCGGAGGAGUCCAGCGCCAGAGGCGAAGGCGUGUCUGGCACGCAGGACGGGCGGGUCCGGGACGUGCUCGUGAGAGCCUGGUCCGAAGACGGGCCGUUCGACGGUGUGCUCGGCUUCUCUGAGGGCUGCCUUGCUGGGCUCUCUUACUGCCGCCUGGCUGCGGGGGCGGGAGAGACGGCGGGGGCAGGCCUGCGCUUCGCGAUCUUCGCUGGGGCGCCGGCCGCUGGGGCCGCGGAGGGCGCCGCGCUGCCGAUCGCGUCGCUGCACUUUGUGUCGGAGAACGACACCUGCGUGCCGGCCGCGGAGAGCAGGAAGUUCGCGAUGGCUUUCUGCGGAGCAGAGGUGAGGGAGCACUGCGGGGGGCACACCCUGCCGCAGCGGGCAGACGACGUCCGCGGCGUCUGCUCCUUCCUCGAGGCACGCCGGGACGAAGUCUACCCGCCCGCGGCCGCCCCCGUGCUGCAGGGCGGCCCCGCCGAGCACCCGGAUCCGAGGCUCGACCCUGAGCAGGCCGACGAGCUGGAGGCGCUGGAAGCCAUCCUGGCGCCAGGGGAGUUCGCACGGGUGGCCCCUGCAUGGCCCGUGCGGCUCGCUGUCCGCCUAGGCAGCAGCACCGCGGACCACACCACGCCCUCUGGCGUGCUGCGGUUUACGAUGCCCCCGGGCUAUCCGCAGGCCGCGAUGUGCCGUUGCGAGCUCGUGACGGACAGCCUCGCUCUCGCGGCCCAUAAGAAGGACCUCAUGGCGGCGCAGCUGUGGGUUGAGGAGCACCAGGCGGAAAUCGUCGCGGUUGGGGCUGGCGGUGCCACCGCCGCCGCCGCCGCUGCAGAGGCGCUCCUGGAGGAAGAUGACGAGGAGGGUGACAAGGCAAACAAGUGGUGGCUGCGAGAGGAGGGAGAGGUCGACGAGACGCUGCUGAGGGACGCGGAGCUGCGCGCUGCGGAGCUGCUGCCGAGCCUCCUCGGGGAUGCCGCGGCCACCUGGGCACGCGAGUGCGGCGCCGGCGGCUUCGGUAAGCCGUGGGAGUUCGUGAUUGGCCUCGUCGGCAAGCCGUCCGCGGGCAAGUCCACGUUCUUCAACGCGGCCACGCAGCCGGACUGCCCCGAGAAGGAGGCGGCCAUGGCGCCCCACCCGUUCACCACCAUGUCGGGCGCUGCCAGAGGGGCGUACCUGGGCCGCGGGCGCGGGAACUCCUUCCUCAACGACCUGUGCGAAGCGGACAGUCUGCCGCCCAGGUGUGUCCUCGCGCUUGGCCAGUGGUCGCUCUCGAGGCCCCGAACCUCUGGACCCCCGCCCGGCCAGCGCCUCGGCGCGGCUCUCUCGGAGCCCGCGCCCCUGCGGGCGCCGCACCUGGGGCGCGCCGUGUGGCAGGGCGGCCGGGAUCUCGAGGGCCUCUCCUGGGGAGGCGGGUGGCCGUGGACGCUUCUUUGGCCGCCCCCCGGCGGCUGGGAGAGCCUCCCGGGCCCACUGGCUGCCUGGGGAUGCCGGCUGGGCAGGGCCCCCGCAGCCGUGCCCGUGGACGCGGCCGGGACCUCUGGCCUCAUCCACGUUGUCGACGCAAGCGGCCGCAGUGACCGCGAAGGAGUGGACCAGGGCGCAGGGAUCGCCAAAGCCGAGGAGGUCCACCCGAAGACCGGGAAGGCCAGCGGCGGCGCCUUCAACGUGCUGGACGAGGUGGAUUGGGUCCGCCGCGAGAUCCACCUCUGGAUCUUCUGCAACGUCCGGGCGAAGUGGGACUCGGUCCGCAAGAAAGCACGCAUGGCGACGACGCACGUUGCCCGGGAGGCGCUGGCAGACCGGCUGUUCGGCCUCUUCACGGGCUACCGGGCCUCGGCGCAGCUGGCCACGCACGUCUACGAGGCCGCAGGCUUCAACCUGGCGGGCAUCGCCGCGGAGGUGGCGUCCUGGGGCGAGGCACAGUUGCACCUCAUGGUGGCCUGCUUCCUGCGGGUGCGCUUCCCGAUCGUGGUGGCGCUGAACAAGAUUGACGCGCCCACCGCCGCUGCACACGUCGCAAAAGCCCAGGCGGCGCUCGGGGCCGCCUGCGUGCCCGUGUCGGCGCGCAGCGAGUGGUGGCUGUGCGAGCAGCGGCGGAAGGGGCACCUGGCGUACACGGAGGGCGCCGGCGCCGAGUCGGUCGUGCUGGGCGCCAGCGCGCCCGCCGAUGUCGCGGAGCAGUGGGAGAAGAUGCGCGGGCGCGUCCUGGAGCGCGGCGCCUCUCGCGCUCGAGGCGCUCUCGGUGGCGGUGCAGAGGCGGCGGCCCGUGUUCGUCUGCCCCGUGGUCGACUUCGCAGCGUUCGAG